AUGGAAAUGGGAGCAGCGCCUGCCGGCGCCGGCGGGCUGGAGGUGGUGGUUUUCCCGUGGCUGGCGUUCGGCCACAUGAUCCCGUUCCUGGAGCUCUCCAAGCGCCUCGCGGCCAGGGGCCACACCGUGGCCUUCGUGUCCACGCCCCGGAAUCUCGCCAGGCUCCCGCCCGUGCCGGCCGGUCAUUCCGCCCGCCUCCGGUUCGUGCCGCUGCCGCUACCGGCCGUGGAGGGGCUGCCGGAGGGCGCUGAGGCCACGUCUGACCUGCCGCCCGACAAGGUCGGACUCCUCAAGAAGGCCAUGGACGGCCUCGCCGACCCACUCGCGGCAUUCCUCGCCGCCGGAAAAAGGCCCGACUGGAUCGUCCACGACUUCUGCCACCACUGGGUCCCGCCCAUCGCCGACCAGCUCAAGGUGGCAUCCGCCACGUUCCUCAUCUUCCAGGCCGCCUUCUUGGUCUUCGUGGGGCCGCGGUGGGCAAACGCCUCACACCCGCGCACGGAGCCGGAGCACUUCGCCGAGCCACCCAGGUGGAUUCCCUUCCAGUCCACCACCUUCUUCCUCCGGCACGAGGCCCAGUGGGUCACCGACGCCUUCCGUGCCAAUGCAUCUGGCGUGUCGGACAUGGACCGCUGGUGGCAGGUCUUGGAGCGCAGCCGCCUCACCAUACACCGGAGCUGUGAGGAAUUGGAGCCCCGGAUGUUCGGCCUCCUGUCCGAUCUCUUUCGGAAGCCCGCCGUCCCCGCCGGGAUCCUUCUACCGGGGGCGCCCGACGACCGUGACGAAGGCCACCGGCAGAGCAGCUCAGGCGACGUCGCCCGCCCACAGGUCCUGCGAUGGCUCGACGACCAGCCUUCCAAGUCCGUCAUCUAUGUUGCGCUGGGAAGCGAGGCGCCGCUGACGCCAGAGAACGCCCAUGAACUCGCGCUCGGCCUGGAGCUCGCCGGCGUGCGCUUCCUCUGGGCGCUACGCAAGCCGGCGGGCACCACCAACGGCGACGAGCUUCUCUUGCCGGCCGGGUUCGAGGAGCGGACGCGGGACCGCGGGGUGGUUUGCACGGGGUGGGUGCCGCAGGUGGAGGCGCUGGCGCACUGCGCCACGGGCGCGUUCUUGACGCACUGUGGCUGGGGCUCCACCAUCGAGAGCCUCUCCUUCGGGAUCCCGCUGGUGAUGCUCCCGUUCGUCGUCGACCAGCCCUUGAUCGCGCGGGCGAUGGCAGAGAGAGGGAUCGGCGUGGAGGUAGCGAGAGACGUGAAGGACGGUUCGUUUGACAGGGACGGCGUCGCGGUGGCGGUGCGGCGCGUCAUGGUGGAGGAGCAGGGGAAGGUGUUGGCGACCAACACCAAGAAGCUGCAGGAGGUUCUAGUGGACCAGGGACGCGAGGAGCAUUACAUCGACGAGCUCGAGGAUUAUCUCAGACGCUACAAAUAG